AUGGGUCUGUCUUUUUUGGGGGGGGGACUUCUUAACUCGUCGCUGGUUUGCUGCGGAACGAAGGUGAUGUACUGGAUUGUCUGGGAUCUGGCAGAUUCCAUGAGCCGACUGGACAUCGCCGCGCCCAUUCAGUCGAGGAUGUACCAGGAGCUUUCCAAUGGCAUGCUGGGCUUCUGUAACUGCUUGAAGGUCGCAGACGUGCCCUUUCCGAUGCCCUAUGCGCAGCUGCUGGGUUGGCUCCUCAUCGGCUUCUCUUGCUUCAUCCCCGUGUACGUCGUGAUCUUCACCGGCUCACCAGUCGUUGGGCCGAUUCUCUGCUUCAUCUUGUUCACGAGCCUUUGGUGCCUGAACGACGUUGCAAUGGAGCUGGAAAACCCCUUCGGGCAGGAUGCGAACGACAUUCCCCUGCUCGACUUUCACCUCCGCUUCACAGACGUGCUUGCGGACAUCUGCCACGCUAAUCAUCAUGCCAUGCUGUGUCAGCCCUUCAUGGGUGUGGAAAUCUGUGCGGCAGAAGCUUGCCGCUCCUGGGUUUGA